AUGUCUGUAUUUGAAGCCGUGAUCAGCGACUCCUUCUCACCACAUUCCAACACAUGUUCUCACUCCGUCUCUCUCCACGGAAUCUGCACCGCCUGCAACUCAAUCGUCGACGACGACGACCAACGCCACCGCAGACCUUUCGAUUACCUCUCCCCCGGUUUACAGCUAACCCACCACGCCGUAACGCUAACCAAACGCCUCGAAACUCUCUCAUCUUGCUUCCACCACAAGAAACUCCACUUGGUCCUAGACUUGGACCACACGCUUCUCCACGCCACAGAAGUUUCAUCUCUCACCGAAGCAGAGAAGUAUCUACUCGAAGAAGAAACUUGUAGAGACGAUCUGUGGAAGUUGAAACCCGAUAGAUACUUGGUGAAGCUACGUCCCUUUCUUAAAGAUUUCUUGAGAGAAGCCGACAAGAUGUUCACGAUGUCUGUUUACACGAUGGGUACCCGCUCCUACGCUGAAGCGAUAUUACAGCUGAUUGAUCCGGACCGAACCUAUUUCGGUAAUAGAGUGAUAACGAGAGACGAGAGUCCACGUACCAAGACGCUUGAUUUUGUUUUGGCGGAUGAGCGUGGAGUGGUGAUUGUGGAUGAUACACUUAAUGUUUGGCCUGAUCACAAGAAUAAUUUGAUUUUAAUUAGCAGAUACAACUAUUUCAGGAAGAAGGAAAGCCAACGGUCAAAGCCGUACUCUGAGGAGAAGACAGACGAAAGUGAAUGCAACAGUGGGUUGGUUGCUGUUUUUAGAGUACUAAAAGAAGUUCACUGUGGAUUCUUUAGAGUUAGAGAAGAGUUGGAGUCAAAGGACGUGAGGUUGCUGUUACAAGAGGUAUUCAGUCUUGUCUGA